AUGGAGGGGAACCUAAAGCAGAAAUUGCUGAGAGAGAUAACCUCAGAGGAAGAAAAAGAAGAGGAAUCAUCGUUGGUGAAGAGGGUGUGGAAAGAGAGCAAGUUGAUGUGGAUAGUGGCAGCACCAGCCAUAUUCACAAGGUUCUCCACGUUUGGUCUCAAUGUUAUAAGUCAAGCUUUUGUUGGUCAUAUUGGCCCAAGGGAACUUGCUGCUUUUGCUCUUGUCUUCACUGUUCUCCUACGCUUCGCCAAUGGUGUUCUGUUAGGAAUGGCGAGUGCAUUGUCAACGCUUUGUGGACAAGCAUUUGGAGCAAAAGAAUAUAACAUGAUGGGAGUUUAUCUUCAAAGAUCAUGGAUAGUUUUGUUCUUGACAGCACUUUGUCUUGUUCCGGUGUUCAUCUUCACAAGCCCCAUUUUAACGCUUUUAGGCCAAGAUGAGAGCAUAGCAGAUGUGGCAGGAACCAUUUCUCUCUGGUCAAUUCCUAUCAUGUUUUCUUUCAUCUUCUCGUUCACUUGCCAGACAUUCCUGCAAUCACAGAGCAAGAACGUCAUCAUUGCAUUCGUGGCAGCUUUUGCGAUAGUGAUUCAUGUGUUUCUCUCCUGGCUUUUGACAAUGUAUUUCAGCCUUGGGAUUGCUGGUGCAAUGAUUUCAGCAAUUUUGGCAUUCUGGAUCCCCAACAUUGGUCAAAUCAUAUUUGUCACAUGUGGUUGGUGCUCUGAAACAUGGAAAGGUUUCUCCUUUUUGGCAUUCAAAGACCUCUGGCCUGUUAUCAAGAUGUCCCUUUCAGCUGGUGCAAUGUUAUGUCUUGAGCUAUGGUACAACACAAUAUUGGUUCUUUUAACGGGUAACAUGGAAAAUGCAGAGGUCCAAAUUGAUGCUCUAUCUAUAUGCAUCAACGUCAACGGAUGGGAAAUGAUGAUAGCACUUGGUUUCAUGGCUGCUUCAAGUGUUCGAGUGGCAAACGAGCUUGGAAAAGGAAGCUCCAAAGCUGCAAAGUUCUCUAUACUUGUGACAGUGCUUACAUCAUUUUCAAUUGGGUUUCUCUUGUUUAUACUUUUCUUACUCUUAAGAGAAAAAAUAGCCUAUGUAUUUACUACAAGCGAAGACGUGGUUAAUGCUGUUGGGGAUUUGUCACCUUUGUUGGCAAUUUCUCUGUUACUAAAUAGUGUUCAACCAGUGCUCUCAGGGGUUGCUAUUGGAGCAGGGUGGCAGAGCAUUGUAGCAUAUGUGAACAUAGGGUGUUACUAUGUCAUAGGUAUUCCUGUUGGAAUAGUACUUGGUAAUGUUUUCCACUUGCAAGUUAAGGGUGUUUGGAUUGGAAUGUUGUUUGGAACACUAGUUCAAACUAUAGUCCUUAUUAUAAUCACAUACAGAACUAAUUGGGAUGAACAGGUAAUGAUAGCCCGUAGCCGUAUUAAUAGGUGGUCUAAAGUGGAUCCUGAUCAUGAAACAAUUAGAUCAGAUCAUUAG